CCUUUAAAUCCAUUUUCGCUUCGGUGCUUUUUUUGUGGACGUGGAGUGUACUCCCAGUAUCUCCUUUGCAAAUGGGUUCUGUAGCCUAGCGUUUCCCCCCCUGAGCCAGGUCACCUGUGGUCUCAAGCCGUUAGGAUUCUGCUGGGCGCAGCACUAAGACUUAAAGGGUUUACAUCGUGCACAAGAACAAAGAUCAAGAAACAUGGCAGCAAUCCCGUCUAGCGGCUCCCUGGUGGCAACCCAUGACUACUACAGAAGGCGUCUGGGUUCCACUUCCAGCAACAGCUCCUGUGGAAGUGCUGAGUACUCUGGGGAAGUCAUCCCGCACCAUCCAGGUCUCCCGAAAUCUGACCCUGGACACUGGUGGGCCAGCUUUUUCUUUGGAAAGCCAACUCAUCCAGUCAUGACAACCGUAUCGGAAUCCCCAGAGAACUCAGGAACUUUCCAGGUGGCGAACGGCGUGAUCACAUGUGGCCUGGCUCAGGAAGUAAUGAGGAAGCGCCACGCCAGCGAGCCAAGCAAACCCAACACCGGUCCCACUGCAUGAGCAAGCUGAUGCUCCCUGGCUGGUGCUUCUGAUCCAAACGCUAGGAGUCAGAGCCCAUUUUCCACUCCCCCUCCCUGUAGAGUAGGCCAGGCUGCCUCGAGUACUACAUUAGACGUAGGUUUUUAUAAAAACGAAAACAGCAACUAAAAAAAAUAAUCUUCUACACCAUCCUUUUCUACUUUUUUUUAAAAUCAAUGCAGCUACGUCUUUUUUUCCCACACAGCCUUGAUAACGCUUUGUUUUGUUCUUUUUGUACUCGUCUAAUGAAAACUUAAUAAAAUCCUGAGCAGCCGUUUAAACUCU